GUGAACGCCGCAUCCAAGGGCCACCUUCCCAUCGUCCUUUAUCUUCUCACCAAGCAUUCUGCCAAUCCUUUGGUUCGCAACAACUGGGGUGAAACAGCCUACGACGUAGCGGCAGCCGUCUUUGAAGUUUGGAUCUGCGAGGUCUUACAAAAAGCUGAAGCGGAAUGCUGGAAGAACACGACGGUAUCUUAUGACAGUCUCGCAGUUCAUACGACUGUUCCUCUCGUCCUGUAUGAGAACCAAAGAUUGGACACGCGUCUCAAAACUCUCGCGGUUUCUGGAGGUAGACCUAAAUUUUCUGCGUCAGGCCUAGGAAAGCAGGGUCGGAAACCGCCUUUUGAAUUGAGGAUGCCCAAAUCGGAUGAUAACGCAGGCGAUGUACCCGCGUGGCGCAGCGACGUACAGCUUCCCCUUCGGAAUAGCCCUUGGAAGCUUCCUCUUCCUCGGUCGGACGACCGGCACGCACUGGAAGGAGCGGAGAGGAGUCAUUUCUGGCUUUCGGACUGGACGCUGGACGUAACACAUCCAGGAGUUGACGCAGAAGAUGGUUGGCAGUAUGCGCACCAUUUUAAUGAUCCCGAGGACCAGUGGACAGCAGAGAAGCCGCCACCACUAGAAAGGCUCUUGACAGGGAGCGGCAGCGUCGUCUUGGGCGCGGCCGGUUCCUCGUCCAGACGGUCAUCACAUUCCUCUUCAUCAGUUCCUCAUGCGCCACAUACAUGGGUCCGGCGAAGAAGAUGGGUGCGUGUCAUGCGUAGGAGACUGGAUAUCCCUCCCUUGCCAUUCUUGCAGCCCGAUGGUAAAAUGUACCAUUUGGAUGGACAAGGAGAUCUCAUACCAUACGUCGACGAUAGUCAAGAUAACGCAGAAGGAGAGUCGGAGGGCCAGGAGCUUGGGCAGAUGCAGUCAUUUUUAUCGUCAACACAAGAUUAUGUUGGGAGAGCUCGGUAUCUGGUGGGAAAUCAAUCAUCUCGUGACAUUGAUCCCGCUUCGUUAUCUGCCAUCGACGCUCGACGGGCGAUUGCUAAGCUUGAACGUGCGACGAUGGAGCUGAGGCAAGGGAUAUUAAGUGACGAUGAUGUUGACAGGAAGAGGCAAGCCGAAGUGCUGUUGAAUGCAUAUAGCAGGGAUCUUGAGCGAAGAAGGCUAGCAGCAGGUGCUCAUGGCCUCCUUAUCUCGGAUGAUGAGGAACAUGAGGAGUAUGAUGAUGAUUCAGACGAAGAGUUCCAUUACCCAGGAGCCUCACCUUUGGAGACCUUGCGUUCCCCAUCCCGGAUGUCCAACUCAACGGACUAUUUCAGUCAACCGGGUUCACGUUCGACAAGCCGUGUGCCGACCGACUUGACUCCACAGUUAUCCCAGGCUCCUGAUUUCCGGGUGCCUACCCAUGAAGCGCCACAGAAGGUGGCACGAUGGGCGUCUCCAAACCCUCAUCAGAUACAUCGCUGGGAGAAAGAUGAGGACGUGGAUCAAUGUCGAGACUGUCAACGCAGGUUUACAUUCUUAAAUCGGCGUCAUUGUCGUCGUUGUGGACGCAUCUUCUGCGACAGAUGUUCAUCAUAUAGGGUAUUGCUUGACCCGUCUGAUAUCGUGCAAGAGCCAGGUUUCCCCGAAGGUCUCGCGACAUCCAGCUCUCAGAGGGUGUGUCGUGGUUGUCACGACGAAGUGAAUGGGAAUGUCCCGAGUAGGCUCGCAGGCAUGCGCGUCAACUCCAUGGAACGUGUCUUCAUCGACCAAGGUCUACUGACGAUACCCAGUCACUUGUCAAGAGGGGAUGCUAGUUCGCAACUGAGUGAUCUUGCCGAGUGCCCCGUGUGCAAUCGGAAUCUCGAUACUAUUGGGAAUGCAUCAGAGCAGGAGAUACAUGUAAAGAAUUGUUUGGAAGGUGGAUCUGGGACUACGCCACAGACUGCGAAAUAUCUUGUUUAUAGCUUACCGGCAGAGAGCACGCUUAUCGGUGUUGAAUGUGUUAUCUGUCUGGAAGAAUUCGCUAAGGGUUCCAUGGUUGCACGCCUAAGUUGCCUAUGCAGUUUCCACAACACUUGCCUUUCUUCAUGGCUCCAGCGCGGAAAGAGCUGUCCCGUACAUGCUCGCUGACCAGGCAACGAUACUUUUUUUUGGAGGAAGAAACGAUACAUUUACUACGACUAUACGACAACUAUGUUACUGGUUAUAAUGAUACACACAAUUCAGGAAGGAUAUUUCACUACCCGUCAAUCGUCGUCCCGUGGCUCAUAGAAUGUGCUGUACCGAACCUUGGUGGCGUCUACCCGGAUGAUGUCGUAAUAGUCCUCCUCAUCAGGUUCGACGAUAUCCUGGCCCUUUCUGCCAUCAUCUUGAUCGUCUUCAAACCAAGAUGAUGGGUCGUCGUCAUCUUCACCUUCAUCAGAGUCGUCCUCCAGGUCAGAGUCAGUUGGUUUGUGGUUCCUAAAAGAUUUUAGUGCCAGAAGGUCGGGAACAGGAAAGAUAUCUUA